AUGGAGAGUACAGUAGCAGUCACUUUCCUUGUAUCGUUUUCCAUACUACUGUGUGAAAGUUAUGCAUCGGAGAGAACUUUUCCAGAAAAGGCAGCUGGUGUUAAUAUUGACUUGGCAGGAUUAAUACAGAAGUUUCACCUUCAAGAACUUUUUCAUCGUUAUGGAGAAAACAACUCUCUGUCGAUUGAAGGGUUUAGAAAACUGCUCCAGAACAUAGGUAUAGACAAAAUGAAAAGGAUUAAAGUAGACCAUGAUCAUGACCACGAUCAUCACCUUCAUCAUAAUCACGUUUUGUUGAGUAAAAACACCGAGAAGACUGUUUGUCCAAACCAUGAAUCUGAUGCCAACAAAGACCACAGGAACAGUCAUUCAAAGGAACCUCACAAAGGAGAGAACGUAGAACAUCAGCAGAACUUUGUACGCAGCAAGAACACUGUUAAUGAAAUAACAGCAUCUGUCAUCACUGUUCCCACAGAUGGCCGCUCUGAAUUACAGAAUGUGCAGCCCGGAGAAGUCAAGCUGGUUGCUCGUUUAGGUCUGACCAACUCUAAUGCUGUUAAUGCCACAGGUGGCAGCAAUGCAAGCUGGCUUGCUAACAGCAAAGCAAAUGAGUCUCAUACUUCUCCAAAGGAAUUAGAAAGAGGAAGUUACCUGUAUUCUAAACUGAAAAACCAAAACACCCAAGAGUGCUCCAGUGCGUCGAAACUGAUGCAGUCCCAUGGAAUAGGCACUCAGGUGUUGUUGACUGCUACAGAAUUUAGCUACCUCUGUCCAGCUCUUAUUAAUCAGAUUGAUGGGAAGUACUGCAUAGUCCAUGCAACCAGUGAAAAAGCUGAAACUCCUCCAAAAAGUUACUCUCUGCAAAUCGCUUGGAUUGGUGGCUUUAUAUCCAUCUCCGUCAUCAGUUUUCUUUCCUUAUUGGGUGUUAUAUUGGUACCACUGAUGAAUCGUGUAUUUUUCAAAUUUCUUCUAAGUUUUCUUGUGGCAUUGGCUGUGGGAACUUUGAGUGGAGAUGCUUUCUUACAUCUCCUUCCACAUUCUCAUGGAAACCAUCACCAUCACCAUGAAAAACCUCUGCUUGAACAAAACAAAGGCGCUAUGUUCAAACAUCUUGUUUUUCAAAGUAUAGAGGAGAGUGCUUACCUGGAUUCUACCUGGAAGGGACUUACAGCACUUGGAGGCUUGUAUUUCAUGUUUCUGGUGGAGCAUUUGAUCACUCUAAUAAAGCAGUUUAAAGACAAGAAGAAAAAGAAAAAAAAUGAAGAUGAUGGAGAAAGUAAGAAGUUUUCAGCGAAUGAAGACAAGUUAGAUACAGAUGAUCGGCCUGAGGGCUAUCUAGGGACAGACUCUCAAGAUCCAUCGCCCUUCAUGUCUCAGCAGCCAACUGUCCAAGAAGAAGAAGAAGUGAUGAUAGCUCACUCACAUCAAGAGGAGGUUGACAAUGAAUAUGUGUCCAGGGGCUGUAGAAACAAAUGUCAUUCUCACUUACAUGAUACUCUAGGACAGACAGAUCAUCUUAGUCAUCAUCACCAUGACUACCAUCACAUUCUGCAUCACCAUCAUCAUCAGAACCAUCAUCCCCACAGUCACAGUCAGCGCUACUCACGUGAAGAACUGAAGGAUGCAGGGAUAGCAACUCUGGCAUGGAUGGUGAUUAUGGGAGACGGGCUACACAAUUUUAGUGACGGUCUAGCAAUUG